AUGGGUCGCAUGCACGCGCCUGGCAAGGGUAUCUCGCAGUCGGCAUUGCCUUAUCGCCGAAGCGUACCUACUUGGUUAAAAUCUACAGCCGAUGAUGUCAAGGAACAUAUUUUCAAAUUCGGCAAAAAAGGUCUUACUCCUUCACAAAUUGGUGUUAUGCUAAGGGAUUCCUAUGGAGUGGCUCAAGUCAGAUUUGUCACCGGUAAGAAGAUCCUUCGUAUCAUGAAGGCAAUGGGACUCGCUCCUGAUCUACCAGAAGACCUUUAUUAUUUGAUCAAGAAGGCUGUUGCAAUGAGAAAGCACUUGGAACGCAACAGGAAAGACAAGGACAGUAAAUUCCGACUGAUUCUUGUUGAAUCUAGGAUCCACAGGCUGGCUCGUUACUACAAGACAAAGAGUGUGUUACCGCCCAACUGGAAAUAUGAGUCGAGCACGGCAUCUGCCUUAGUGGCUUAA